AUGGACGCGAGCUUCUCGGCCUGCGAUGGUCUCCGAGCCAUGACAUGUUGUUUCCCCACGUGUCGGUUGGUCAAUUCGGAAGGAGGGCUCCGUAACCAAGGCGUCGUAGAGAGCGAUCGACGAUGGUACGAUACCCCCACUUCAUCCUCAUCGACGCCUCGUUCAAGCGUCCCGCCGACGGGUCGCGCUGUCGAACCUUUUGAACGGGGUCGAAUGUCGAGGAACGACUUCCUCGUAAGGGAUUGGGAGGACGAGGAAGAGAGGGAUUCAAGACGCGAGGCCGACCUCUUGUCGUUGCACGAUCAGAACGAGUUCAAUACCCGCGGGCGCAAUCAUGAUGCUGGCGAUACGGACGAUACGGACGAUGUUUCGGGAUCGAGAUCGGGUUCGAGGACGACUCGCACAAGACGCGGUGUAGGGGGUGAUAUUUCUGGGUCGGGGAUAUCGUGGGGCUCGGGCCUGUCGCGAUGGACACUGUUGAAGAGUUGGUGGAGAGGGUCCGGUCCAGGCCGGAUACGACUGCCCGACGACGAGGAUGAGGACGAGAACGGAAGGUUUGAAGCGAUGGGAGGGUUGCUCGCCCCCUCACGGGCGGGCGAGGAAGGUAACACAACGUUGAUGGAAGGGGAAGGGGACGGGGACGCGUUCGAGAUCAGGGAAGAGAUUGUCGACCCGCCGAUCGAUGCACCCUUAUCGCCGACCAAAUCAACAGCAACGAACCUCAGCGACGAACGCGGGAGGUACAACGACGAGACACCCGAAGAACGCGACGCUCGACGCGAAAGACGGAGGGCACGACGACGCGCUCGUGAACUUGGACUGAGCGUACAGGACUUUGACCAGGGCGUCGUCGCCGACCCGGACGAGCUGCUCUCACCCGCCGUCCGGGUCGACCUCGAGCCUACAGACGAGCGAACCCCGCGAUCGGGAAGGCAGAGGCAUUACCAGUCGAGCUCCCAUUCGUCCUCGGCCGACUCGUAUCUCCCCGACUACCCUGCUCAGCUUUCGAGUGGUCACCGAGGCCAGGACGCGAGCGCCUUGAGUGUCGUCGGAGAACACGGCGACGAUUCGUACCGGGACGACCACGACGAAGCAGAACGUCAAGCUCGCAAAGAAGUUCGGCGACAACGACGGGCUGCCCGAGCCGAAGCUGCUGCUGCUACCGAGGGGAAUGGUGGCGCUUACUACUACGAAGGGCGUGCACCAGCGUCUUCGAACGGAUCUAAUUCGUCACGCUCGCAUUCCCACCCCGCCGCGAGCCCGCGCCUAGCCUCGACCUACCUCGCCGCCCCAAUUAACCUCCACCCGCCCGAAACGAAACGAUCCCGACAUCGCUCGAACCCGUCUACCUCUACGACGUCCACCACUUCCUCAUCCGGUCAGCGACCUCGACCUCGCAAGCAACAGCACCUCAUGAGGUCCCCUCUCGAAGAGGAAGAGGCGUUCCUCCCCGUCGCCGACGGGGGCCAGCAGUACGAUCUCGCCGAGGAUGGCAACUACUACCUCGCGGCUCCGCAACCGGUCUACGUGCAGGACGAGCAUGGUCAGCUAAGAGCUGUCUUGUCGCAGGAGAAUUUGGCGUACGAUGCGCACUCGGUCGGCGUCGAAGAGGCUGGCGAACUCUCGUCGACGGCGUACGAUCACGUCGGGGUCAUUCCGGGCAAGGUGAUAGAAGAGGAAGGAGAUGGCGAUGGAACGGACUUGGAGGUGUAG